UUCGUCUUCAGCAUGAACAAUGCCUUCAGCCAAUAAUAGUGAAAGACAAUCCUUUCUUCUAGUGACCACAAAGUUAAAAAACAAUAUAUACUCCUGACAAUAUGCCGGUAAUUAGAAUGUGUAAAUUCUAAUAAAACGGUAAAACAGUGGUUUCAACUUUUAUUGGAAGAAACAACUCUUUUCGAGGAAACUUUUGUUUCUAGAGUUCAGGUGAUACCCAAAAAUGGGAAUAGAUAUUUAUCUGGUUGCCAGUGCCGCAUUUUUGCUUCUGAGUGUAGAGGGUCAAAACUUUUCCUCACCCUGUCCAAGACUCUUCAGCUAUGAGAGUAAAAGUAUUGAGAAAGAUAAAUACUUUGGCAAUGUGCGUGUAGAAACGAGAGAAGAACUGAGUGGAGUGUGGUUGAAGAUGUUAUUCGACAAACCAUGUGUGCAGCUUGGGAACUGGUUGGGCGAAGUAUCCACUGAAGACAACAGAGAAUUCCUGAUCAAAAGACCGAAAUUGGUCCUUAAACCUGGGGAUUUUCUAACUGUGCGUUUUUACGUGAAAUUCACCCCUGGCAGGGAAAUACCUCAACUGCUUUCUAUCAAGCUAAAUAAUAAACUAGUAUGUCCUGAAAGUACUCAGCAAUUUCCUCAAAUGCCUCAAGUUACUUCCUUUGAGGUGUUAUUGGAAGACAGAAAUGGAAAUGAAACCUCAUCAGUAUUUAUAACAACUACAACAAACAGAACACCACCAUCGCCUUAUAACUUGAUACAAGAAAUAGAACUUCCAGGACCAACAUCUCCUCGUGUUGUUGCUGCAGAAACAGAGGACUAUGGGGAAUUUUUUCAAGGGGAUUUGAGUCUGGUCAACUUCAGGCCCAAGCGUGAUGAAUGCGGUACAGUUAUGCCGCCAAAGCAUCACUCAUUAAGCCAUUUAGACGAAGUAUAUGAAGGUGCAUUUCCAUGGCACGCAGCUAUUUACCUGAGCAAAGGUACCGAAUUGAAUUAUAUCUGUGCAGCCAAUUUGAUCUCGUCAAAAUUUCUACUUACGGUGGCACAUUGCGUCACCAAGAGAAAUUCAGAAGUAGUUGUUCGUCCAGAACAUCUGCUGAUUUAUUUAGGAAAAUAUUACUUGAGGAGAUGGUCCAAUCCAGCUCUCCAAGAAAGACAAGUACAAAACAUAUACAUACAUGAGGAAUACGAUCACGUGGCUAUCAAAAACGAUAUAGCCCUCUUGAAGUUGUUAAAACCCGUAAAAAUUACUGAUUAUGUAAGACCUGUUUGUCUGUGGAGAGGUGGUUCAAGAUUGGAGAGUAUCGUUGGAGAAUACGGUGCUGUUGUUGGUUGGGGUUUCAACCAAAAUGGUAUUGUCACAAAUAAACUGGUUAGGACCUUUAUGCCAAUAGUUUCAAGGGAAAUUUGCAUAAAUAAUUACCCUGGGUUCUAUCAACAUUUCACUUUGGGUAAAUCGUACUGUGCAAGCUUCCAAAAUGAAACAUCAAUUUGCAAUGGGGAUUCAGGGGGAGGAAUGAUAUUUUCCAAAAAAACCCCAGGUUCUCAUUACCCUACUCAUUAUCUUCGAGGUGUGAUUUCUUUGAGUGUUGCUCUUCAGAAUGAAUUCCGAUGUGAUGAUGAACAUUUUGCAAUAUUUACCGACAUUGCUGAGUAUCUACCUUGGUUAGACAAGUUCGGUAUAAAUUGAGAAUUUAGGACUGUAAAGACGUUUCACCGGGUUCGACAAAUGCUCCCACCAAGUGUGGAAAAAUCCAUAUGCUCAAAUAAUUUAUUUAUUUUUUAUAGCUUGUAAAUAAACCAAUGCAGAAAAA